CCGCAUUUCAUUAUGUCAUGUCUGGAAAGUUACCGGCCCGUCGUGAUUAUUACUUAUUAAGAAUGUUGUAUAUGAGCUGAAAGUGAUGAUGGAAAAUCAAGAACACAUUUUAACGUGGGAGUCACCAGAUAAAACUUUUAGCAAGAAAAUUAAACAAGAAGGCAAAGGAAGUGCCAAGCCAAAUGAUGGAACUGUAUGUUUGGUACACAUCACACCACUGGUUGCUUGCAGUAUUACAGACAAUGUGAUUGGCUACAAGUUAAACCGAAGUAUUGAUAUGUGUAUUGGAAAUGGUGAUUGUGAAUUAUCGGAAAUAUUUGAAGCUUGUGUUGAGAGCAUGAAAGAGGAGGAGAUCGCAGAACUGUUGAUACCAUCGACCAUUGUGAAGAAAAAGUGGCCAGAAUUUAAAGAUGAUCCACCAACAGAUGCUACUGCUGACAGUGAUCGAUUAAAAAAUGUGGUAUUUUCGCUUGAGUUAAAAGCUUUUACUCCAAGGAAACACAUAUGGGAGUUGGAUCCUUCUGAGAAAUUAACCAGGGCAACAGAGUUCAAAGAUAUCGGCACUAAUAAUUUCAAACGUGAGAAGUAUGACAUGGCAGAGAAGUUCUACACAAAAUCCUUGAAAGUUUUAGUCACAAUGGGAGUGGAGAGUGGAAUAACAGCCUUCGAGGAAGACCAGAUGAAUUCAUACAACACUGUACGAUGUGCUGCGUUACUGAAUCUAGCAGCGUGUCAGUUGAAAAGAGACAAGUUUGAGUUUGUUGUUGAGCAUUGCAAUAAUGCCCUAGAAAUUGAUUCUAAAAAUGUGAAGGGUCUGUACAGGAGAGGCCAGGCAUACAUGGCUUUAAAUGAAUUUGAAAAAGCCAAAGAGGAUCUGAAAUAUGCACUGCAAUUAGAGCCUAAGAAUAAACCAAUAAUAAAACAAUUGAGGGUGCUAGACUCUAAAAUUAAAGAACAUAGAGCACAGUAUAAGAAAGGAAUGAGUAAAAUGUUUGGAGGCCCUGUAUGACAUCAACUCAGUUAUAGUAGUAAUAAGCAAUUAGUAGAACUGCGCAUAGUACACUACCUGAAAAUUAUUAUACACAGGUUAGAUUUAAUGCUUGAAAACAUUUUCUGAGGGCCUGCAAGGCCCAAAGGAAAUUUUUAAUGCAUUAAAUCUAACGUAAAUAUAAUAAUUUUCAACCUAGUGUACAAUGUAUGCAGCUAUACUAAUUGCUUUAUAUAUUAAUCACCGUCUUUUAAUGUUAGUUUAAUACCGGUGUUGUAUUACAUUAGCUGUGUGUGCAUAUGCUAAUAUGCUCCUGCACUCGGUAAACACACAGCUAGCUAGCAAGACGUCACACAUCAGUUUGGAUACGAUGAAUAACUAUUUUAUUGUGAUGCUAUUUUGCUAUUUAGAUAGACAUUCACCUAUGAUGUCUGUGAUGCUAUUUUGAUAGACAUUCGUCAAAGAAAUAAACAUUUCUUAAAGCUUUUGAGAGAAUACAGUAGGCCCUAAUCACUUUUUGGUCGGAACAGACAGGUAAAAUCAUGUGACGAUUUCAUGUCUAGGAUGGCUACCAUCUAGGCCUUGGCGGCCUCAUGCCCAAGGCCUACAUCUAAUUUCGUUCCUUGAGUCUUUAAAAUAGGUCUAAAAUAUUCCUAUUAAAUGUUCAUUCAAUAGUUUAUUAGGGUCUAUUGAUUAAAGUAACUUUCUUUGGGUUCUAAUCAACCUUGUUUUAUGAAAUUAAUUUUUCAAUUACUACUUGUCAACAAAUAAGCCUAGCCUAGAAUUCAUCGUAGUGCGUGAUAUGUACAAAUGUUGAAUUGCUCUUUUGCACACGAGCUUAAAAAAAAGUCAAGCCAAGUUUACAUUGUGAAAAAUUAUUGUACUGUGGGGGAUAGGCAAAUAACAUUGGGAGUUGCAGUGAUGACGUCACGAUUGACUUAUAAUAAUACAUAAUUAUAGGCAAUAUAUCAUCCCAAGGUAUUUGAUAGUAAAUGAAUACUGUAUUAUAGAACUGAAUAAAAACACAACAAAUACAAGAAAUUUUGUAAGCAUCUUUCUUUACUUCAUUGCUAAAAAAUCACUUGAAUUGCAAAAAUAUACAGAUUUAUUAUUUUGUUGACUAAAGUGACUUAGACUUCAAUAUUCCACCUAAGACGAAAUUCUAUUACACCACUAUUUGCACUAUAAAAUCAAUCAUCUGCAUACCCAAACCACAUGGUAUGGCCGGGAGAAUCCAAGAAUCAAGAAUACAGUUUUAUAAAUCUCAAAAAUUAAAUGUUUUAGUGUAAUUUUCAAGAGAAGUCAUAUAUAUGAAAAACAUAUUUUAAAGAUUGGGAGUUUUGGGAUCUAGAUGUGGAUUCUCCUGGUAUACCAAAUCAUUUUAUUGGGAGCUAUGUACUGUACUUGCUAAAUUGUAUAACUAAAAAUUCCAACACCUA